UCUACUGCUCUCUUCAAAAUUACGGACACUUCAAAGCCACAGUCAUACGCACAACGAUGAACCAAGCGCUGAUAAAAGCUUUCCUUCUCUGCAGCCUCAGUUGGAUCUCUGUCUCAGGUUCUGAGUCUCAGACUGUGGAGGUCCAGUCUGGUGAAGAUGUCACACUGAUGUGCUCCGGCAUGGACGACCAUGUUUCAGUCAGAUAUUGGCUUAAACUAGUCAAAGGAACCAACAUCCAAUGUGUCUCUACUAUGACCAGUUAUAACAGUGAAGUGACAUAUCAUGAUGGAUUCAGUAAUCAUAAGUUCAUUAUGUCGUCCAACACCUCUACUAUCUUUCUCAAAGUCCGUUCAGUGGAAUUAAACGACUCUGGAAUUUAUUACUGUGGAUUUAACAAAGAUGGACGUCCAUUUCUUACUACGAUACAUCUAAAGAUCAAAGGAAGCAACAAGGCAGAUGAAGACGUGGACAGAACGGACUGUAACCUUCGAAGUUUUAAAGUCUUCAAAAGGAAAAUGUAUUCUGACACAAUGAUCUUUCUUGUUGAAGAGUGUGGUGGAGCAGCGACUCUGGUGAGCAUGAUCCUGGGUGCUUUGACUCUUUUGCUUGUCAUGGUGGUCAUCGGUCUGGGUGCUAAAAUUAGGAAACUUCAGACAGCUGCUGAAGAAAGACAGAAUCCAGGACACACUGAGAAUGUGACCUCUGAUGAACUGAACUACGCAGCAGUGACAUUUCGAUCUAAAGCCAAAAGAAGAGAGCUGGAGCCAAAUGUCUUGUAUGCUGCUACCAGAUAGAGUGAGGAGGCGGCUGGACAUGAUCUUGUGUCAUACAGUAUUACAAUGCUUUGAGCUUUUGCAUGGCUUGUCUGGCUCAAAGUCUUCUUAGCCAAAAAAAAAGAUGUUUAGGAUUCAUGCUGUAGGGGCCUUUAAAGAUGUAUUUGACAGUCAGUUUCUCUUAUAACCUUAUAUAGAGUUUGAUACCUGUGUGUUGCAGUUAAUGUGUGAGGGAUGCACACUUCACUUGUUUGACAGGAAAUAACAGUAGAGUUUGGUGUCAGCCAAACUAUGAAUCAAACCACAGGCUUUUAAAAAUAAAUCUGAAUGAAGGUAUUACAGCUUCCCAAGAAAGAAUUCUGAGCCUCUCUAGAUUCAUACAA